GAGAUUAGGCUAAUUUGUUGGUAACUCCACUAAAAUGCCACUGUUGAUCACAGAUUACUCGUGGACCCAGACUGAUUCUACAGUUUACAUCAGCGUUCCUUUAAAAGGAGUAAGAGCUUCCCAAGUGGACAUUAUCGCGACUGACCAGUACCUCAAAGUACACUUUCCUCCAUACCUGUUUGAGGCCUUCCUGGCACAACCUGUUGAUGAAGACAAAAGCACAGCAAAGGUAGGCAAUGGAGCAGCGCUCCUCACUCUGUCAAAGAAGACAGAAGAGCUAUGGGACCAGCUAAUGCUAACUACGGAUGGCAAAGAAACAAAAAAAAAACUAAGAGAGGAAGCUUUGAUCAAACACCAAGAAAAGCUGUGUGCUGAGUCCAAAGCAAAAGCAGAGAAGCAGCAGGCCGAAAAGAAAUAUGCACUGAAAACUAUGAUGAAGCUUGAACAAGAAGAAAGACAAAAUAUUCAGAAAAUCAAGGACCUUGAGAGACAGAAUACCACAGCAGCACUAGAAGCCUGGCAGAAGAAACAGAAACAACAACUCGAGAAAUGUAUCGAAACUACACAGAAGAACCCAACAAAAAACACAACACAGGGGUGUGUGAGUGAGGCAAAAGCCAGAUCUGACAAUAGAGGACUGAAGAGCAGGACACAAGUGGAGCUGCCUGCCCCAAGAGCCUCAGGGAGUAUCCAAGUGACCUUCACUCCGAGAGUCUUCCCCACAGCGCUCCGAGAGUCCAGAGUGGCCGAAGAGGAAGAGUGGCUCAGGAAACAGGUUGAGGCCAGGCGUGCCACUAGCGAUGCACUGAAGGAUCUGAAGGACCUUAAAGAGGAGGAAAGGAAUCCAGAUUGGCUCAAGGACAAGGGAGAUAAAUGCUUUUCCACUGGAGAUUACCAAGGUGCAGUGAAUGCCUACAGUCUGGCCAUUAGGCUCAACAGGAAAGUGCCAGCUCUCUUUUCAAACCGUGCUGCUUGUCACCUGAAGCUGAAGAAUCUCCACAAGGCCAUAGAGGAUUCAUCUGAGGCUUUGGAGUUGUUGACUCCAGCAGUGCCCGCCAAUGCAGCAGCCAGAGCCAGAGCCUAUGUACGCAGAGGAACUGCCUUCUGCCAGCUGCAGCUCUACACAGAAGGCCUUCAAGAGUAUCAGGCUGCUCUGAAGAUUGACCCUGAGAAUGCCAAGCUGCAGGCGGACACACAGAGGAUCAGGGACAUCAUUCAGGGCUCUGCAAAAGUUAAAACGUAA